AUGGCCUUUGCCCGAGGUGCUCAAGGCACUGUUGAUGUUGGACAACACAUAACUAGACAAAAGUCCGGGACGACGCUUUACUCUAGCACAUUGCUAGGUCUUGACAAACCCGCUUUGAAGAAGGAAGCGCAUUCUCAACCCCUUCGCCAUGUUAAACGAGCGGCCGAACUACAUGCACCUUCGAGGCAGCGAUUUUACGAUGAAAGAACCCGAGCGGGCACCAUUCGCGAUUCCACAGGAGAUUUGUAG